AUGGCGCUUCCGAAGAGAAUCAUCAAGGAGACGGAGAGGUUGAUGGCAGAGCCAGUACCUGGUAUCAGCGCAGUACCGCACGAAGACAACCUCAGAUACUUCGAUGUCAGCAUACACGGUCCCUCUCAGUCUCCAUAUGAAGGCGGCAUAUUCAAGCUUGAGCUCUUCCUCCCAGACGACUACCCAAUGACACCACCAAAGAUUCGCUUUCUCACCAAGAUCUACCAUCCAAAUAUCGAUAAGCUGGGUCGCAUCUGCUUAGACGUUCUGAAGAGCAAUUGGUCGCCGGCACUUCAAAUCAGGACUAUUCUACUUUCAAUACAAGCUCUACUUGGUGCACCAAAUCCAGAUGAUCCAUUGGCCAACGAUGUGGCGGAGAGGUGGAAGGCAGAUGAACCGGCGGCCAUUGCGACAGCUCGGGAAUGGACGAAGACUCAUGCCAUGACUUGA